AUGUUCAGGAAUACAUCCUCAUCUUUUUAUAAAGAAUCAUUCGUUCCUCUUAAUGGCUUUACAUCAAAAGGAUCAAAAGUUGAAUCUAUUGAGUAUGUUUUGGAACCGAGGUCUAAUGAAAAACCCGAUAAAGAUUACGAAGAAAUUUUCAUUGAAGAAAAUAACAGCGUAGCAAACCAAGGCUCGAUACAUCACACCGAAGCAAAUCCGACAAGCUAUAUAGCCUGGAGGGUUGUAGAUUCGGCAAGAGUAUUAGAAUUAAGACAAUUUCUUAUACCUUCAAAAAACAUUGCUAAAAUGAAAACAACUGUUUUCAUUGAUGCUGUCAUUGCAUCAACAAUUACUGAUAUAUUACAAACACGUUACACCAUAUCAAAAUCGAUGUUUUUAUUAAUGGUAUUUUUAACUUGUUCUCAAAGUGAAGAGCAUCUAAAAAGAUUGUCUAUUAGCAUGUCUACUCUAUACACAUUUAUAAUUUUAAAAUGGAUUUCAGAGCAAUCUGCAUAUAAAGAUGAUGGUAACAUUGGUGGUAAUAUAGCUAAUGGUUUAGAAAUUGAAACUUCAGAAGAUGAUGUAAUGUGCGAAAAAUUUUCAAGUUUAACUGUGAUUGGCUUAUUAAAAAAAACAAAUUCACCUGAUCUUCAGUAUAGUUUUCUUCAUACAUUGAUUCGUCAUAACUAUCCACUAUCAUUAAAUUUUCAAGUGGGCUCGUUGACUGAUAUUAUGUUAAAAGGAGUAUAUAAAUUUUUAAAACAAAUGAAUUUUAUACGUCAAGCUCCAAACAUAAUAGUUAUGACAAUUGAACCAUACGCUAGAUUCGCUGACUUGCUAGAAAAUUACGGAUUCUUAGAUCAUCUUUAUCAAUUUCUUGAAUUUUUAUUAGUUACUCCACAAGUUACAUUUGUUUGGGGCAAAUACUAUAUAAAGAAGCAAAAUUAUGAUUUGGCAAAACAACAUUUCAUUAAAGCUGGCUCUGGAUUCGCACUUAAACAAUUAAAAGCACUUGUUAUUGGAUUAUGUGAAAAAAACGAAACAAAGUAUCUUUCCGAAUUAUCAUUUAUAAAUUAUCGAAAAGAUUUUGAAAGUAUAAUGGAACUUCAAGCUCAUCGCCAUGUAGUUACAAAACCAACAAACUAUUCUAGGAUAUUAUAUUCCUAUUACGUUAGAUGUCUCGUAAAAUAUAAAGACGGUUUGUUAUUUAAUAUAUUUACUGGAUUAAUUAAUUUUUAUCAAUAUGGCAAAAAAGUCGAAGCAGCAUGUUUGAAUUUUGAUAACUUUCAAAAGGCAAUGACUGAAGUAGCGACUAGUUAUUUGACAUCGAUGAACACAUUAAAAUUGCUUGAACCCGAUGAUGCAUGGUUCUAUUACGUAAAUAUUUUCAAUGAUGAUGAUGAAGGACGGGCGUUAAAAAAGAGGAAAAAAGAUGAUGGUACAUCUGGGAAUUGUGACAAAUUGGAAAUGAUUAAUAUACAAAAGAUACGGCAAGACUAUACACUAUCAAUGGCAAGAUUAGAAUUGGGGCAUCAUCAACCUUUAGAAGAAGUUAGGAUUGGUAAUGUUAAUGAAAUUGUCAGGAUGUGUAGUUAUGUAAAUAAAUUUGAUUUAGCUAUUUCUGUAGCAAAUGCACACAAUCUUGCUUUUGAUGAUAUAUUUGCAAAUAUGACGAAUAAAUGUGCAGCUGAUCUACAUACAACCAAAAAUGAAUUUUCAAGGACUAUACAGGGAUCAGAUAGAGUCAAAGCAUGGAUAAUAUUAGAAAAGUAUUUAGAAAGAUAUGAUAAAAUGGAAGAGACGCAAUGUCGAUAUAGGGCUGUUGUUUUGAAAACUUUACUUUCAAUAUCUCUCAAUAUUAAAAUACCGUUGUUUCUAAAGUCAUUCUACAAGGAAAAUUAUCAAGAUGAUUAUAUCAAUAUCUUAUUAAAUAACAACAUUACAUAUGACGCGGUUGAAGCUGCAGUUCAUUGGAUCCAAAAGUGCACUGCUGUAAAAGAUACACAAGAUGACAAUAUCAAUUGGGAUACAAUUGAUAAAGUAUCUAAAUAUUUGGAGGUUUUAUUGUCGGGAGGAAGUGAAGUAGUUAUGUUGGAUGAAAGAGUUGAGGGGUUUUUAAAAGAUUUGAAAAAAGACUUGGAUAAUGCGAUUGACAAAUAUUUUUCAAAAUAA